GGUCUGUGGCCCUGUCGCUCAAGGCUCAGUUCCUACUUCCGCUUCUCUCCUCCCUUUCCUGUUCGGCGCGAGCGGAGCCAGGCGAGGAGCGUGAACGGUGUGUUUCCCGUUUUCAUCGUGUGGACACCUCUACUGUAAAGAUGGUCAAUGUGCCAAAAACCCGAAGGACUUACUGUAAGAAGUGUGGAAAGCAUCAACCUCACAAAGUGACGCAGUAUAAGAAGGGCAAGGAUUCCCUGUAUGCCCAGGGGAAGAGGCGCUAUGAUCGGAAGCAGAGUGGCUAUGGUGGGCAGACCAAGCCGAUUUUCCGGAAAAAGGCCAAAACCACAAAGAAGAUUGUGCUGAGGCUUGAAUGUGUGGAGCCUAACUGCAGAUCCAAGAGGAUGCUGGCCAUUAAGAGAUGCAAGCAUUUUGAACUGGGAGGAGAUAAGAAGAGAAAGGGCCAAGUGAUCCAGUUCUAAGUUUUGCAAUUCUUUUGAGAAAAAUGUUGAAGCUUUAGAAUAAUACCUGUAUGAAAAUAAAUGCAGUAAUACUGUA